AUGAAAACACCGACACUAUUGCCAUAUCGGUUGACACCGGCCACGGAUGCAAUCACACGGUCAACGCCCAAACACCAAGGUAGUCUGAGUGAAGAGUCGGACCGAAAGUGUCGUGAAUUGUGUGAAGAGAUGUCGGCUCUGAAGGCAAGCAAUGAGUCCGAAGUGAAGGCAUUGAAAGCACAGCUCAACACAGCAUUGGAUUCAAUGCAGACAAUGACUGAAGAGAUGAAUGCUUUGAGACAACAAUUGAGUUCAUACACGAGUAAUCAAGAAGUGGUCACAAAAUUGAGUGAAUUGUCGAUAAAAAACAGUGCCAUAAGUGAAGAGAUCUCGGCUUUGAAGGCGAAUUAUAAAUGCGAAAUGAAGGUGGUAAAUAAGAAUUAA